AUGAAAUUUGGAAGUGUAUUUAAUCCGAGAGGUGUUCUAGAGAUAAACUACAAGAUAUCAUCCAUAGAUGCUUAUUAAAAUGUCUUAUACACUGGAGAUGAGAAAGGCACAUUAAAUAGAUAUCAAUUGUAGCCUGAUUAAGCCAUGAUUAUUCAAGCCAAUUAAGCAUUAUCUAAACCUUUGACCAAAUCAAGGAUUGAUUAAAUCAAAGUUUUCCCUUAAGCAAAUGCUAAUCUUUUGGUUUUAUCAGAUUAGACUUUAUUUUUUGUUGAAGAAAAAACUCUGAAGGGCGAGUAAAUCUCAAAAGAAAAGGUGUCGUUAUUUGCCUUAAACGAAUUUUCAAAAAUAAAUUAAUUUGAGAUAGUGAUAGUGACAAAGAAGAAGGAAGGCUUCAUUUUAUAGUACAAUUAGAAAGCAGGGAAAUUUGAAUGUAUGAGAGAGAGAUUCUUGUUGCCAGACAUUCCCGUAACAAUUGCAUUUAUAGGAAACUUAUUUUAUUUUGGAAUAUCGAAGAAAAAUUAUUCUGUGAUAAAUCUUGAUGAUAAAUAACUACAAGUAGCCAAUUUAAUUGUGGACAUUGGCAAUAAUCCAUAUCUCAAGGCUACUGAUAGUGAUGAAAUAUUAAUAAUAACAACUAACAAUGUGGGUAUUUUUAUUGGCAAAGAUGGCUAAAUGAAAUAGAAGAGUACUAUCCAAAUACAAAACAAAUCAAUAUAAAUAAUAACUAUAUUUAAGUAAUAUCUUAUAGUACUAUUCGAUAACUUAAUACAAGUGUUCAAUUUAUUGGAUUCUAAACCUAUGAGUGAUAUCUAAUUGUCAUCGUCAGCUAAAUGCAUUACUUAAACAUCAAACCAUUUAUUUUAUGGAAGUUCUAGUGAAAUCAUCUACUUAUAUUAAACACCUCCUGAACAAUAGAUUUAAGAUUUACUAAAGUAAGGUAAGGUGGAAGAUGCACUUCAAGUAUUUUAACAAUACAAUUAAAACUAAGAUGCAUCAAAGAAUUAGUAAUUGGAAUAGUUAAAAUUGGAUUGUGGUUGGGCUUUGAUUAGAUAGAUGUAGUUUUAGAAUUCAUUGAAUUAUAUCUUAUAAACAAACUUUGAACCAAGAGAUUUCAUUUGUUUGUUCCCAGAUUAUUACUAUGCUGUAGAGAAAUUAGAAUCAGUUAAUCCAAAUCCAUCUUAGAAUACUAUUUCAUUAAUUAUUGCUAAAUAUGUAUAAGAAAACAAUAAAGGUGAUCCAAAGAAGAGUUAAGAAUUAAAAUUGUUAGCAAGAGAAUUCUUGAUUGAAAUCUUAGAAAAGAAAAGAGCCAUUCUAACUUCAACUCAAUAUGCAUAUUCAAUGAAGGAUAAAUUGACUUUGUUGACUAGUACUUAAAUUUACAAUCAAAAUUAAUGGCAUGCUAUACCAUGUGAAUAACUUUUGGAACUCAUAGAUUUUGCAUUAAUAAAGGCAUAUUUAGAAGCUUUAUAAUUACCAAAAUUGAAAAACUUUUUAUCUUGUAAUCAAAUAUAUUGUUUAUCUAUGUAUGCUGAAUUAUAGGCCAUAUUUUAAAAUAAUAAAUAAAUUGAACAAUAAUAAGGUAUUUUAGCUAGGUUUUAUGAAUCGUUUAAUAAAAUCGAUUUGUCUCUAGAAGUUUGGAGGACCAUAGGUGGUGAUUCGUUGAAUUAAUAAGUUCAACAAGAGGCUUGUGAAGAAACAACAAGAAUACUCAAACAGAAUCCAGAUAAGAAUAGAAUAUUCAAGUUCAUUUUGUGGGUUUUCAAGAAGUAAUUCAAAACAGGAAUUUAAAUCUUUUAUGUGAGUGAAAGUAUUGUAUCUCCAGACUAAAUGUUAAAAUUCUUGGAAGAAUAAGAAAUGGAAGCAGAUCUGAAGAGAAAAUUAAAAGAAAAAUACUUAGAAGUUUUAGUAUUAGAGAAGUAGACAGAAGAAGAAAGAUUCCAUACUUUAUUAGCAUAUUCAUACAUAGAUUCCUUAUUUAAUAUAUUCCCUAAGGACAUCUCACCAUCUUAGAUUGAUAUGAAGAAGAAUUAAAUAGCUGGGGAAAUAUAUUCUUCUUUGAAAAAGUACUUGAAAAAUCCAAAUGCCAAAUACAAUUCUUCUAGUAUUUUGGAAAAGAAAGUAAAGGAUUCUUGGAUGAUUGGAGAAGUAAUCCUAUUGUAUGGUCGAGAGAAAAGACAUGAGGAGGCAUUGAGUCAAUUAUUAAAUCUGGGAUAUUAUGAUUGGGCUGAGAAAUAUUGCUGUGAUUACACUGACAAUCUAUUAACAAAACUAUUCAAAAAGUACAAAGAACUAUAUUUCUUUUUGGAAAGUAAAUACAAGGAAAGACCAACAGAUCAGUAAACUUAAUAUGCAUUUAGUUAAGUUAAAAUUACAAUUAACAAUUUCCUGAAGAAAUAUGCAACACAUUCUCAAUUAAAUGCUUUAGAAGUAUUAGAAAUGAUACCAGAGAAUUGGAUCUUAGCUGAUUAAGGCGAAGAUGAUGGAUUAUUUUAAUUUUUAAAUAGUGUGAUAAGCCAUACAUUACAUUAGAAAAGAUCAACCAAGGCUGCAUUUCACUUAUCAGACAUGGAUUUAUUGAAUGUUGAAUGUCUGAAUGCCAGUACUAAGUAAGCCAGUGUAAGGAUUACAUCUGAGAAGAAAUGUGCUGUUUGUAGUAGAUCAAUAGGAGAAAAAGUAUUUGUCGUUUAUCCAAAUGCUGUCAUUGCACAUCAUACAUGUAUUAAAAGUAAUACUGUGUGUCCAACGACUGAUAAAGAUUUUGAAAAGUAUUUUAAAAUGUGA